GGGGCGGCCGCCGAGGACGGCGAGGGCUUCUCCUACCCCUACAAGCCGCUCUUCAGCACGCAGGGGCCGCCGCUCGCCAGCCUGCAGGACAGCAACUUCCUCACCGACGCGGACAUGGUCAUGAGCUUCGUCAACCUGGUGGAGCAUGACCGCGAGUUCCACCAUCAGCGCUGCCACUACCGCGAGUUCAGGUUCGACCUCUCCAGAAUCCCGGAGGGGGAAGCGGUGACUGCUGCCGAGUUCAGGAUAUACAAGGAUUACAUCCGCGAGCGCUUCGAUAACGAGACCUUCCAGAUUAGCGUCUACCAGGUACUCCAGGAGCACCCAGGAAGGGAUUCGGAUUUGUUCCUGCUUGACUCUCGAACUAUCUGGGCUGCAGAAGAAGGGUGGCUCGUGUUUGAUAUUACUGCAACCAGUAAUCACUGGGUGGUGAAUCCACAGCACAACCUCGGGCUUCAGCUCUCUGUGGAAAGCAUAGAUGGACAAAGCAUCAACCCCAAGCUGGCCGGGCUUAUCGGGAGGCACGGCCCGCAGAACAAGCAGCCCUUCACGGUGGCCUUCUUCAAGGCCACGGAGGUCCAUCUCCGCAGCAUCCGCUCCGCGGGCGGCAAGCAGCGCAGCCAGAACCGCUCCAAAACGCCCAAGAACCAGGACGCCUUCCGCGUCUCCAACAUGGCAGAGAACAGCAGCAGUGACCAGCGGCAGGCCUGCAAGAAGCACGAGCUCUACGUCAGCUUCAGGGACCUGGGCUGGCAGGACUGGAUCAUCGCUCCAGAGGGCUACGCUGCCUAUUACUGUGAAGGAGAAUGUGCUUUCCCCUUGAACUCGUACAUGAACGCUACGAAUCACGCCAUUGUGCAGACACUGGUCCACUUUAUAAACCCAGAGACUGUGCCGAAGCCCUGCUGUGCUCCUACACAACUCAACGCCAUCUCAGUGCUCUAUUUUGAUGACAGCUCUAACGUUAUCUUAAAAAAGUACAGGAACAUGGUGGUACGGGCAUGUGGCUGUCAUUAGAUUUGUAGGAAAGGAAAAAAAUGUUAUUUGUAAAGAAUGGUUUUCUUUUUGUACGGAUACAUGGGUUAGGAGGUUAGGACUCCAGCAGUGGACUUUAAAAUCCCGAACAAUUUUUAGGACUUGGCUUCUAAAGGUUCAGACAAUGGAACAGUUUCUGGAUCUAAGUGGCAUUUGAACACAUUUUGUUUUAGUUUAUUAUAGACAAUGAGCUUGUAAACUGAAGCAAGCCAGAGAAACCAUUAAAAAACCAAAUCUGCCUUAAAAAUUGGCUCCUACAAUACAUACUUCUGCAAAUGAGUCUUUCAGAAGAUUGCAAACUCACCAAUGCCCAUUGUGAAUUAAACAUAAUAAUCUAUCCAAGGUGAGAAUGUGGUGUGACUAAUAAGCAUGUGUAGUUCCUGUAACACACUGUUUGCAAUAAAAUAAGUGAACAAAA